AUGGAAAAAGAUAUUGAAGAGGAAUCUCCAUUAAAAGGAGAAAAGUUAUGUGAAGAAAAGGUACAAGAAUGUGGAAUAUAUAAAAUUAAAAACAAAUUACACAAAUUAGACUUUAUGGAUGAGGCAUUUGCGUAUAAAAAUUAUUUUAUGAAUAAUUACAAUUUUUUUGAAUAUAAGAAGAAAUAUAAAAAUGAGGUUAAAACAAAUGUUUUUUCUAAUGAGAUGUAUAAUAAUUCAUCGAAAAAAACUAAAAUUAAAAAUAAUGAAAAUAAUCAAAAUACAAACACAAGUAAUAUUUCUGAUACUAAUUUCAUUGAAUAUAUGGAAUUAGAAAAAAAUGGUGAAAUAUUAAUUAAUGAUAAUUAUACAAAUGAACAUAAUAGUAGUCACUGCGCUACUGAUCCCAUUACAGAGAAAAGAACUGUUAUUAAUGCAUUAGAUUAUGAAAAUAUAUUUUGUUUUCAACUUAUUAUAAAAGAAAUUAUAAAAGAAAAUAGAGAUAUCAAAUAUAAAGUAAAUUUUUUGGAAUUCUAUAAUUUCUUUAUUAACUUAAAAAAAUGUAAAAUUAUUGGCCUAAUACCUUUUACUGAGCAACAUGAUGAAGAACAUUCAGAUUCAAUAAUUUUACAUUUUAUUAAUUUACUAUUUCAUGAAAGAAAUCAGUUAAUAGAAUUAAAUGAUUUUACGAAAAAUUACAUAAAAAAUAAAAAUAAGAUAAAUAGGAAACAGAGAAAAAAAAAAAAAAAAUAUAGAUAUUAUUAUGGGAUAUCUCUUAUAGAAAAACUAAAUUAUAUAAUCAAUAAAAACAUUAAUAUUUAUGAUGAAAAUAAUAAUUUAAUAGAUCAUUAUUUUUUAAUUAAUAUAUUUCCACAUGAUAAGUUAAAUUUUUUUUCUUAUACAUUUGGAAAUAUGCUUUUUGCAUAUAAUUAUAUUUAUUUUAAAAAAGAAAAUAUACUUUUUGCUUCUGUUGAUUCUUAUAAUUCAUUUAGUCAAAAAAUACAUGAUUCUUACUUUGGAUUAAAACAAUAUAAUUAUAUAAAUGAAAAAACUGAUAAAAUAAUAAAUUAUGCAGAUUAUUUUUAUGAUUAUAUUAUUUCUUCUAAUAUCUAUUACCAAAAUAUAUUAAAAAUAGAUAAUUCUGAUGAAAAUAUAAAUGACAAUAAAUUAGACGAAAUAAUUAAAAAAAAAAAAGAUGAUAAAAAAAAUGAAUUUUCAAAAGAUACUGACAAAAAUAAUUUAAAUGAAAAUGAUUUUUUAAAAAUUAAUAAUAAUAAUAAAAUGAAUAAAUUAAGUGAAAAUAACGGAAAUAAAAAUAAAGAUUAUGUUUUCAAUAACUACGAUAUAAUUAAAAAUUUAUAUAAUAAAUUAUUGAAGAGAGAUGAUAAAAUUGUAAAUUCACAUCAUUUAUUUUACAAAAAUAAGCAUAGUUUUAAAGAUAUAAAUUCUGAAAAUGAAAUGAAUACUUCAUGUAAUAUCUUUGAACAAUUACCUAAACAUCAUUUCAUGUUACAUUAUAUUGAUAAAAAAAAAACAAAUGAAUGCGGAGACUUCAAUAUUCAAGAAAUAAAAAAUCAGAGAGAAUAUACGUUUUAUAAAAUUUACGCUUUUUUAUUUUACAUGAGUGAUUUUGUUUUUUAUAUUCAAAAAACAAUUGUAUCUUUUCAUUCGUCUAUAGAUUUUUUUUUUGAAAAAUUUCUGAAGUUUAUUUAUAAGUGUGGAUCUCACUUUAACAGCAAAAAAGUUAAAACUGAACUCCAUUUUGUUUAUAUUGAUGAAGAUACACAUGAUAUAAUAAGUAAGUAUAGUAAAUAUGAAAACAAAGUAAAAAGGAUGAAAAAAAAAAGUGGAAAAAAAAAUAAAAAAAAUGGAAAUAUAUCAGAUGCAUAUAUUUAUAAAGAAUCAGAUUCUAACAGUACAAGCAAAUUUCCAUCAAAAAGUGAUAAAUAUUAUAGUGAUGAUUGUGAAAAAAUUAUAUUAAAUUAUGUUUACAAAAAUUAUGAUAUUGUAGAAAAAAAAAAAAUAUCAAAAUUGGAAAACGUGAUAGAAAAUAAUAUUAUGGAAAAUAUUCAGAAAAAUAACUUAUUUUGUCAUCAAAAUGAUUUAGUAACAAUUGUAUUAAAUAGAGAUUUUAAAAAGAAUAAUCCCUAUAAAUAUUUUGAAGAGAAUAACAAAAUCAAAUUAGAAUAUUUUCCCUUUUUUAAAUAUAAUAUUUGUAAAUAUCAAAAAAAAAAAAAAAAAAAAAAAAAAAAGAAUUUAAAGUAUUGCUUUUGCACUAAAAAUAAUUUUACAUGCUCAUAUUGUCUUAAGAAAAAAUCAAGUUCCUUGUAUGCUGAAGUAUUCAAUAACAUAUACUAUAACGAUAAAUAUAAUGUAUCAAAUUUCAAUUAUAUACACCCUACAUUCUCCUUAGACCUAUUCAAUAAGAAAAUAUUUCGUUUACUUUAUAAAAAUGAAAUUUUUUUUUCAUAUUCUGAUGCUGAAAAUGUGAAUAAUUCCUUAAAUGACGAAUAUUUUAAUAUGAAUUAUUCAUAUUCUGAAUAUUACUGUUGUUUUAACAAUAAUAGAACAAAUAAUAAUAAAUUUUUUAUUAAUAAUUAUGCUGUUAAUAGGAAUAAUAUGAACGAUAAUUUUAACAAUAAUAAUUACGAUAGAAAUAAAAUUAAUGAAAAUAAUUAUAAAGGUGAAACUACUAAUAAGAUAAAUAGUGAAUUAAGAAAAGAUUAUAAAAAAUCCGAUACUUUUAAUGAUAAUGUAAAGAAAAACGAUAUAAAAAUUUCCCAUAAUAGUUUUUUUUAUAAAUGGGUUAUAGAACUUCAGUGUUUUAAUAGUUUAAUAAAUGAUUUAAUAGUAUAUAUAUCAGUAUAUGAUAUUUUAUACAAAUGCAAAUCUUUAGAAAAUGAAAAAUUUGAAGUAAACAUAAGAAACGUUGCAUCCAAUAACUUUGAUAAUAAUCCUUCAAUGAAUGGUAAUUAUUUAGUUAAUUUUAAGAAAUCUAAAAAUAUAGUUCAUAAAGUUAUUUCUUUAAAUAGUAUUCACGAAAAAAAUAACAAUAUGAAAAAUGUAAAUAAAUUCAAUGAUACGAAUAUAGAUAAUAGAAAGCAUUGCGAAAAUAAUAUAAUGAAAACAGAAAUAAAAAAUAAAAUUGGAAAAAUUCAUAUACUAAAUGAAAAAAAUUUACUCAUACAUAAUAAUGAAAGAAAAGAAACUCCUAGAAAAGGUAUUAUUUCAAAUUAUACGAAUUUCACCUUUACGAACAAUUCUAAGAACAGUGAUGAUAACAAUAAUAAUAAUAAUAAUAUUGAUAAUGAUAACAAUAGUAAUAUUGGUAAUGAUAACAGUUAUAAUAUUGACGGUGAUAGAAAUAAUAAUAUUACUUACAAUAAAAAAAAAAAUCAUGAAGUAAUUCUUCUAUUUAAUUAUAACGAUCCAUGCAACUUUAACUGUAUUGAAAAUGACUUGGAUUAUCUAAAAAAGAAAGAUUUGAAAGAAGUAAAUGACAACUCUUCUUUAGAAUAUAAGAAUAUAGAUUAUUCUAAAACGAUGGAAUAUAUAUACUAUUUAUUACAUAAAUGUUAUAUUUCUUUACCUCAUUACUUAAAAAAUCAUGAGCUAAUAUAUAAUUUAUUAGAUAUAAUUGAAAUAUUUCUAAUUUUUUUGUUGAACAAAGGAUUUUUCAUUUUACACGAGCAUGAGUUAUUUCUAAAUACUAUAAAGAAUUUUUAUCCUUAUAUUUAUUUUGCUUUAAAUAAAGCUAAAGAAGUAAUUGACAAAUAUUUUAUUGAUAACAACUUUUUAGAGUUCUUAAAAAAUGCAUUGAUAUUCCUUUUUAUAGAGGAUUUAAUUUUAAAUGAGAAGAGAGAAAAAAAUUAUAACUUAAAGGAAUAUGAGAUAUUUAUAAGAAAAUUUAGAAAUAAAAGUAUUGUUAACUUUCCACAUUUAAAUAAAAUGGAAAAUGAGAAAAAGGAAAAUAAUAAUAAAGCAGAAAAUAUUUUUUGUGAGGAAAAUUCUUCUAUACCAUUCGGAGAAAGUUUUGUGAAUUCUUUUAUGUGCGCACUAAAAUUUAAUUACCAUGAAAAUCUUAAAUUGAUAAAAAAAAAGUUAGAAAACAUAUUUGCUGAUAUACCUAUUCUAAAAUAUAACUUUAGCAACAUUAAUAAAUAUAAAGAUUUCGUCAACAAAAAAUUAAAAGCAAAUUUCAGUGAAGUACUUUUUAAAUUGCAAAAUGACUUUUCUCUUUACUUAUGUAAAGAUAUAGUUAAUACAUAUAGUAAGCGUAAUAGUUACUUGUUUAAAAACUUUAUAAAUAAUUAUGAUUAUUUACAACUAUAUCAACUUAAAAAUAAUCCAAAUAUAUAUUUAUAUUUCAAUUUAGAAUAUGAAUGUUAUUAUGGCUGUCGUUUUUUUAAGUACUUUCAUUCAUCCAUAAAUUAUUUUCAUAAAGAUAAUGAUUUUAGUCAAAAGACCAGUGAUCUUAAGAAAGAUAUAGUAUAUAAAGAAGAUGAAUUAAAUAAUUUACAGAAAUUAAAUACAAACAGUGAAAAUAAAAAUAAUGAAAAAAAAUAUUUUUUUAAAACUUGUAAUAGCAAUUCAAUAGAGUUUAUAGGUAAUUAUAUAUCUAUUGGUUCAUUACCAUUUUUUGGUAUUUGCCCAAUUCAUGUAAAUAAUGUAAAUCAAAAUGAUAAUUCCAAUUAUUUUAUAAAAAAGAACAAUGCUCAAUUAUCACGAGUUUGGAUAUAUUCUCCUGUGAUAAAAAAUAUUUCUUUACGAUCAAAAAUAUGCAUACCUCUACCUUUAACACAAUUAUAUAAAAUGAAAAUAAAAUUAGAAAAUAAUGAAUACUUCGAAUUUGAAAAGUGUGAUUCAAAUGAAGAAAAGUUUGUCUACAUGUAUCUUACAUUGAACGAAAUUUCAAUACCUCGGAAUACUUUAGGGUUAUUAAUAUUCCCUAUAUUUUUUUAUGUUUGUGCAAAGAAGAUUUUACGUGAAGCUAAAAAUUUAUUUAAUGAAAGUACAAAAAAUUAUAGUAUUCUGGACGAAAAAUGUUUCUUACUUUAUUUUAAAACUUUAAAAAAAAAUGAAUUUAAUCAUUUUCAUAUUAAUAUUAAUAUUUUUGAUGAUUCAAGUUCUUAUGAAAAUGAAUCUUUAUCUGAUAUAGAUGCAAAUAAUGAUCAGUUAUUUACUCUUUCGAAGAAUAUUAUUAAUAAAGAAGAAAACUCCAAUAAACUAACAAAUAGAAAAAAUUCCAAUAUGCAAAAAUAUGUUAUCUUACCAUAUUCACAUUUUUAUAAUGACAUUAAUACAUUAAAUAACUAUAGAAUUAGUAUAGAUUUUACUGAUAUUGAGAUUUGA